ACCCUUCAGAUCCAAUACCAAUGUCCUGGUCAGAUGACCAUACUUGGACUGCUGAAACGGUCCUGUGUAUAUGGACAGGAUAUAAUUGCUGGAAAAAGGAUCCAAUACAAGUUCAUAUUGAAAGAGAGAAAGGGGGAUGUUAUUUGGCAGCCAGGGUCAGAUAGACUCAUGCAAACAUGGGAAACUGUUAAUGGAAUAUCAGUCUUUGAGGAUUGGGACAGUGCAGGACUUCAGAUGAUAACAGAGGAACUGCAGCAUCAACACUCAAAUGAGGAAUCCAAGCAGCAGGAAAAGCCAUCAAAGAAUACAGAUCGUAACGAUGAGCAAUAAGAAGCUGAUAGACCCACGCAGAUUAACCCCAGGGGAAAGGUUACUUCAAUCAAGAAUCAGGAAACACAAGUUGAUGACUAAAGUCUGUUUGAAUUUUGACGGUGUACCAUGACUUUGCACCACCAGUUUUGCCAGACGAAGAAUCUAAUUCAGGUGAAAUAGUUUCACGAAGUUAACAAAAACUAAAACAAUCUUGAAUUCUCUUUUUUGUGUGUGACCAAAAUGAAUUCUUUGCAAGUCAAAAGCACAAUAAUAAAACUGGAAACCUCCUUGCCAGUUUCCUCUGUAUGAACACAUUUUCUUUCUAGUGAACUGAUCUUGGUUCA